UCAUUUCAAUCGAUUCUCUCUCCAAAAAAAAGGAAAAAAAAUUUAAUUCACAAAGAUCAUGACAACUUGUUCCAGAUCAUCCCUCUCCACCACCAUCAUCACCCUCUCCCCGAUCACAAUUUCAAAUCCAAAACCCUCCCUUUUCCUAUUCUUUAAUUCAUCUCUCAAACUAUUGUAAUUAUCACUCUCUCUUUUUUUACUCGCUUCGUCGUUGAUGGUUGGAAUUUGAUCGAGCAAAAGCAGCUUGGAAAUUCCGUUGAAGAUUCGCCUUUUCAGCUUUUCCCCACCAUAGUCCAUACCUACGCUUUCCCUGCUCUCUUGUACAGCUGAUCCCGCCCCCCACCACCCCUUCUUUUUUCUCCUCUGUUUGACCCACUACUGCCGCCUCCACUUUCCGCCUCAAAAUUAGGGUUUUCUUUGGGCUUCGAUUUCUUUUUGCCUCGUUUAAUUAAUUUCCCCUCAUUUAGUGUAUAUUCCUGUCCAGCUUGAUCUUCUGUGUCGUGAUCUGUUAUUGUAAAUUCAAAAUUCAAAUCUCAGAAGCCUUUAUUUUCAGCAUUUUGUGUAUAUAUUGUAGAAUUUAAAAUUUCACGGACAAAAGAUGGCUUUUCAAUCGCUUUCAGCCGUAGCUAGGGUUUUUCUAAGGUUUUCCUCUUAAAUUCGUACUACUUUCACUUCAUUGGAUCGACUUUAGUAUCAAUUGAAUCGCCGUUUCCCCCCUUCCGUGAUUAGAUUUAAGAACCAAACCCUUUUUUUAUUCAUCCGAAUCUUUCUUCUCUCUGUUAGAAGCCAAAAAAAAAGGAAGUCGCUUUAGUAAUAUAGGUUGAUAAAUUUGAGGAGGUGAUCAUGGCUUAUCAGCAGCAGCAGCCUAUGCCUGGCCCGAGCCCAAGCUCGGGGCAGGGAGGAUAUCAGUAUAUGAAUUCUCCAUUUGGGGAUACAACCUUCACAAAGGUUUUCGUGGGAGGGUUGGCUUGGGAAACUCAGAGUGAGACAAUGAGACGUUAUUUCGAGCAAUUUGGAGAGAUUCUUGAGGCCGUGGUCAUCACCGAUAAAAAUACUGCCCGAUCCAAAGGAUACGGUUUUGUGACUUUCCGGGAUCCAGAAUCUGCUAGGAGAGCAUGUGCAGAUCCUGCACCAAUUAUUGAUGGGAGGCGAGCUAAUUGCAAUUUGGCUUCACUGGGUAGACCUCGGCCAGCUAUUCCGUUUGGACGCCUUAGAUCUCCUGCACCUUACCUUGGAGGACAACCAGCUGCUAGAGGUGCUUAUGUUGGAGGUUUUGGCUACCAGCAACCUGUUACAUAUGGAUUUCAGCAAGGCUUGAUGUACUCUCCUUAUGGGGGUGGGCAUUCGCCUCGGGUAAAUUGGAAUGCAACCCAAACCGGUCUGGUCAGGUAUACCGCUUACAAUCCUGAAUAUCCUUAUCCUCAGGGAGUUUACAACCCAUAUGGAAACCAGCAAUACCUUCACAUAUAUGGCAUGCCUGGAGCAGUGGGCACAACUAUGUAUCCAUACAAUCAGAUGAGUCAGACUGUUCCCGGAAGUCAUAAUUACACUGCAUUGCCAGGAUAUGCUAUGCCUGGCCAUCAGAUAGUACAGUUUGGUGGGCCCAAUGUCAAUGCUAUGACAACGACUUCUGUUCCAACUAUUCCAUCCCCAUUUCCUGCUGGUGUUGGAACACCUAUUCAACAGCAGCCACAAUACUUACUACCUGCACAUUCACCUCAAUACAUGCCAGGUAGCGGUUCUGACCAGAAUGCUGGGUGAGGGUUUAAUCUAGGUUCCCUUAGAUUGCAGCAGGACUAAGAACAGCAGUACUGCCACUUCAUUGGCAGGCUUCAAAUCUUGCCUUGCAAAUUAUUCGCUUUGCAUUCUAGAGGUCUUACAUUGUCACGCUCACCAGAGAAGUCAAUGUCGGAGUCGCUCCCAAUGGUGGGGAGAGGAUGGCACAUCGUAUAACUUGGUGUAUGUUAAAGACACUUUGUGUUGUGGCAAAACAAGUCGAGUCUGGCUGGAAUGGGAUUUCUGGCCUAGCAUGUGGAAAUAAUGACAUUCAUGUAAAAAGAAAAUUUAUGUAGAAUCAACAUAUGAUUCUUUUAUAGUGAGUCAAUCCCCAACAUUUUGGGUGUGUAGAUAGUCAGUCAGUCAGUCAGUCUGCAUUCUCUGUAUUUAAUUUACUCAGCAUCCAUGUCCAUAACCCACCACUUUUAGCUUCUUCAUUGUCAAGUCUUGGAUUUACUCCAGAGCUUCACUUCAAAAUAUGAAACAAGAAGCUCAAUUGCUUUGCUUUCUUA